AUGGACGCACGAUCCUUGUCCUUCUCUGUUCUCGUCAUCCUCAUUGCAACGGUGACUUUGGCCAAUGGUUACUCUCCUCCUCCUCCUCCAACCACCGUAUAUCCCGGCGUGAAAACCGUGGAAGCCGCGGUGGAAGGUAUGGUGUACUGUCAAUCCUGCGACAAAUACGGAUCAUGGUCGUUGGGCGGAGCAGAAGCCAUAGCCGGAGCUAAAGUCAGCAUCAUUUGCAAGAACCACAGGCAACAAGUGAGCUUCUACAAAGUCUUUCAAACUGAUUCCUACGGUCAUUUCUACGGUGAGCUCAAAGGCUUUAAAAUGACUACUCAUUUCUUGGACCAUCCUCUUCACGCUUGCCGUGCCAAGCUCGUCUCUUCUCCUCGUGAGGACUGCAAUCUCUUCUCCAACAUUAACAAUGCUCUCGAUGGUGCUCCCCUCCGGUAUGAAGAUAAGAGGCUCAAGUGGACUAACUAUGAGGCUGUGAUUUACGCCUCUGGUCCAUUGGCUUUCCGUCCUGACCAUUGUCCCGCUACUGCACCACCACCCACUUACUGA